CCUGUAGUCUGUCUGGGAGCAAUCGGUCAUAGUUUUUUUUGUUUUUAUUCGGUAAAUCUUCUGAAUUUGUUUAAAUGUAUGGACCAAAAAAACAGUAAAAGACCCUGGCGCAAACUUGUCAAAAAGUUGCAAAGGAAAAACAGAAGACAAAAAAUGGCUCGUCAAAGAGACAAAGAAUUGGAAGAAGCUGAAUUGGAAGAACACAAAGAUCCCUUAUAUGAGUCUUGGUUGGAAUAUAAAGCGGAAGUCGAAAGACAACAAUUGUUGGCCGAAGAAAAUGAACGCCAACUUCAGGAAGAGCAAUGGCUGCGCAGGGAACUGUUGGCCCAAGAUCAAUUCAGAAAAGAUGAAUUAAAAAGGAAAGCUGAAGAGGCCAAAUUAGAAGCUGAAAGACUAAAACAGUUCGAGGAUUUAAAAAAGCUGCAGGAACAACGUCAGAAAAAACGUGAUGAGCUAAAAUUACAGGCUGAAAAAGAGACCAAAGCAUUAGAUGAUAUCAUGAGAAAUAUGCAGGAAUAUUUGGAUGACUGUACCAUGAAAACCCCUGACAUAUUAGAACGUAUUAUGGAAUCCAGACCUGGGGGGAUAUCGUGUGAAUUCUUUGAUAAAACUAAUUGUUGUGGUUACGGCCCCAACUGUUCGUUUAAUCACAAACGUCCUUAUUUGUCCAAAAUUAUACUAAUUAAGCACUUCUUUCUACAUCCUCUGCUGGAGCAACAAGAACAUGAAGAGUACUCCAGGUCUGAUAGUGAAUUAGAGUUAAGUGAACGCGAUUUACGUGAUGCGUAUGAUGAAUUCUGUGAAGAUGUAUGGCCGGUUUUGGAAGAGUUUGGUACUAUUAUCAACUUUCGUACAAAUCGCAAUGUUCGUGCUCAUUUGAGGGGACAUGUUUUUGUAGAGUAUGAAGACAAAAGAUCCGCCUUGAAAGCUUUUAUAAAUCUUCAAAAUCGUUAUUAUGCUUCGAAACGAAUGAGUGUUGAAUUCUCCAAUAUACGUCUAUGGCGUUCAGGAGUUUGUGGCUUAUCGUUAGGUCGCAAAUGUCCCAAGGGUACGAAAUGUAACUUUUUCCAUUUAAUGAAAAAUAAGAGCAAUAAAUACAACAGGCACAUAGAUAAUCCGGAUAGAUAUCCAGAUAAAAGUGUUAAAUCAUUAAGUCAGACACCACAAAUGAUGAGGUAGGAAUUUAAAAUUAAU